AUGGAAGUGGACAAUCUGCGUAAUGCAGCCCGAAUGUCCUCACAGCGCCGCAGGCCCGAUAUCGCAGGCGAGGUGACGCCAAUCUCUAGCCGUUCAGCGCCGGCUCCUUUCAUACCUGUGCAUCCUCUGACAGACGACGGUGCGUUCUCGAUGAAGACAGGCCGCUGAGGGGCGUGCAGCAGAACCAUUUUUGCUGACGAGCGUUUAGCCACCAAUUUUGUUAUUGUGCACAUCUGACCGCAACCACGCACGCAACCUCGCAAUUCGCAGACAGUGAAUGGACUGCUUUGAUCCAAGAUCUCGUUCGCUCGGGCGUCGAACCACACUACUUGUCGACACUCGGAUGCAGCCAACUGGUUGUCGACAUUGCUGCCGCGCUCAGCGGUUCUCGGCUGGGUACGCCGCCUGAUUCUCGUUCGAGUGUGCUUCGGCCCUUGUCACCGCCGAUCUCGCCGCACGGACUCUCGACCCCAUCAGCCCCCGCGCUCGACCUGGAACCGUCUCACGCCGAGUCCAUCCACAAGGACAAGCUUCUUUCGCAGAAAGCUGCUCUUGCCCUUCGCAACCAGGCUCGAGCUCGAUCGUUCGAACACGAGCUUGACAGCCUCUUAUUCGCGCCUGUCGACCCCUCAGCAGCUGAGGAGGCAGCUCCCUCAAGCAAUUCGGCCCAAAAGAAUGCUACAAGAGGCGUGGUCCUUCCUCAAGAAGAAGAUCCUCUCACGUUUUCUCAUGAACGGCCACACGACAACUUGACUACGUCCCCAACUUUGGCCGUGACUCUUGGCAGCUCUACACCAUCCGGUCGGCGCACCCCUGCCCAAGAUUUGUUUGUCACCGCUGCACCAGCGGCCCUGGUGAUUGACCUUUCGGACAGCGAGGGUGAGAGUGAAGAGACUGCGCGACCCACAUUCGGUGGUCGUGUGCGAUCAAAUCCCACUGUGGAACCUGAGCAUCCAAGAAGCCCUUUCCUGGCUCAUUCAACCCAGGUUGAGAACCUUGUUCGAGCGGAACAGCUCGCCCAGCAGGAGGUCGCCCUCUUGAGGACAAAACUAGAGCUUGCUCAACUUCAGCGACGAAAGCAAAUUGCCAGGUCUUGA